AUGUGCGGGAAGUCCGAUGGGCGCAGGUCGGAAGUCACUCAGAUCCUGAGCAGUGCGCUGUGCUUCCACAACUGGCCCAAGUUCGAGAACUGCGUGGAGGUCAGGUUCGGGGUGCCGCUGGAGUACGAGGAUGAAGAGGAGCCAAGGCUGAAUGUUGAGGACCUAACCACCAUGUGGGCUACUUACUUCAACCAGGAUCCGUUUGCCGCCCGCCUGAGGAGAUUGGGAAUCACGGAGUACCAAGUGCCCAACGACAGGGGCAUCAUGACCGUGUGGCUGGUGAUAGCAGCCGGCGUGGCGAUUUCCGUGGCGAUGCUGGCCUUCGCACUCUGGCGGUUCAGCUGCUUCGAGGGCUACACGAGGAUGCCGCCCACGAGCGACUCCGACAGCGUCCACGAGAAGCGCAACCUGGACCUGUACCCGACCCCCCACCAGACGCUGCCGCCCCUUUACGCGGAGAGCGAGUACAAGUGGCCAGACCCCAGGUUCGACGGGUCCACCAGAGUUGACAUGGGUGGUUACGCAAACAGGAACUACUUGCGCGACGACCUGUACGAUUUGGACUCGGACGAUGACGUCAGCGUCGCCAGGAACAGCAACAAAAACAUUACUCCACGCGACAUAUUCGUG